CAGUUUUACUUCUACUUUCAACGGAGACGGGUGGUUCUCUUUGCGUCGGGUCCUUCCAAACAAAUCAAUGCCCAUAUUCAUAACACUUACGAACGCUCUCGGGUCCAGCAAUCAAUUGUAGUAGCCUUGGGUAAAAUAAAAACACAGCUUCCUUUGAUCCGAAUGUUUUACCAGGCUGAUUGUUAGAAGCAUUUGCAUAUCUACAUGAACGUGUGACCUCUAUCGGUGCGUACGUACAUACAUGGGGAAACAGAAAAAAGUGCAACAAUAGUAAGUCAGCAAAGUUCAUCUCCAUCGUGUAUGUGUCGAAUGCAAUUCAAUUGAACUGCAUCCAACCUCGACAGUCUGAGAAAAACUGAUUCGAAUAAUUUAAAUUGGAAAACGCGCAAUUGGUAAAAAGAGGGUGGUUGUGUUAAGUGAUCCUGCCGUGCAGUACGCCUACAGCUAGUUCUAUCCUGUCGGAUUCCGUUCGAGUGUGGUAGUAGUAAGGAGCCAUAUAGAAGAGUGGCUGCUAUUGAUAUCACAAAUAACAAAGGGCGUAAUACAGAACAGUAGUGGGAAGAAAAUGUCAGCAGAAUCGGAACUAUUCUCGGUCCUGAACCGCCGUCAGCAGAUCAACGAUGCGUUGGAAAAUGGCGAAGAAGUGAAGCACACUUACCGUGUCGUCAAUGUCUACACCGAAUUCCACGAAUUUACGCGGAAGGAAAUUAAGGAUUACCAGGCGACGUUCUCCAAAUAUGAUGUCGGAAACGAUGGCUUCCUGGACCUGCCCGAGCUUAAGAUCAUGAUGGAGAAGCUGGGUGCCCCACAGACGCACCUCGGUCUGAAGGGAAUGAUCGCUGAAGUCGACGAGGACAAGGACGGGAAAAUUUCAUUCCGAGAAUUCCUUCUCAUUUACAGAAAAGCUCGCGCCGGUGAACUGGAGAGCGACUCCGGCCUCGGCCAGUUGGCUCGCCUCACGGAGAUCAACGUCGACGAAGUCGGUGUGAACGGUGCAAAGAACUUCUUCGAAGCCAAAAUCGAACAACAGCUGAGGACGAAUAAGUUUCACGACGAAAUCAGGCAAGAGCAAGAGGAGAAACGGCGCAUGGAGGAGGAACGAAUUAUUCGACGGCAGCAGUUCCAACAAAGAGCCGCCGUUUUCCAGUGAGCGAAGAACAAAGCCACAAACAUGCCAAAGUGUACGCGCUCGGCCCAGUCCCCGCUAAUUAGGAAUUCGUUCAGCGUGGUCAGAGUAGUGGAACCAGUAGAAGCGAACCACGUGGAUGCUUGUUUCCAUUAUUAAUACUUGUAAAUCUGUAAAUCUUUGUCGAAGGACAGCCUAGUUUGUAGCACUCCCUUAGAAGUUUACGAUGUCUUUUAGAUGGAAUGAUGUGUCAUUUUAUGUUAAGCGAUGUUUUAAUCUGCACUUCGGUUCAAGGAAAAUUAAUGUGAUAGAGACAGAAUCAAAGGAAAUUGAAAUGAGAGAAGCCUUACGUAAAGCGAAAGUAGUUAGAAAAAGAUGAAUGUGGAGCUCAAAAGGCCAUAUGUUUUGUUUGUCAGCAGCGCGAAGUCAUUGAGAAUCUCUUUGCAAUUCCACAGUUUUACUUCUUGAAUAAGUUUUACCAAUUGCAUAUGAUUUCACUUUACCACUAAUGCAAAACCACAAGCUUCGUCCAUUUUAAGAAAACAAACAGUAUCUAGCAUAUCGUGUUAAGGGAACUCACAGUUGCACUCAAGUAUUACCUACAGAUUAAUGAAAAAACUUUCUCUGCCAAGAGAGCUCACAAAUAGAAAAUAUGAGAUAUAUUUUUGAUAUCGAAGGAUUUGAAGUGCUAGGAACUGAACCACAGAUGUAGGAGUGCAAGUGAAAAAGGUUUUGAGCGUGCUUUUGCUGCUAGUGAACCGAAGGGAACCAUAAAACUUCAACAUAGUUUUGAAAACGAUAGAUCGUGCGUCAAAAAAAAAAUGUUCUAAAGUGAAAUUUUAGCUUAGUGUAAUAGUGCUUAAGUUGUUUUUAAAAUCAGUCAUUGUAGAUGUUGUAUCAGUGGCAUCAUUGUACCGCAAAGUUACAAAUAAAUGUUCGUUUCGUGAAUUGAAAAACUUACGACUGAAUCAA